UCGCAAAAAAAAUUUAUCAUUUUUUGAAUGAAAAAAUAUGUUACAUCAUUUGAAUUCUUUAUAUCUUGUUAUUCUACAAAUGUUUCGAUAUUUUUUUCUUAAGAAUACUUGAAAAUGUAGAGAAAAAUGUUUAAGUAUAUAAAUAUAUGAAUGCGUAAAUGAUUAUUAUGACGACUAAUAUUACUGAAGAAAAAUGAGGAGUAGGGAGCUUCUUAUGUCAAGGAUGUUCGAUAUAAGAACGCGAAUUUAUAAAACAGACGCUUAGUUGUUUAAAACAACAGUUUUCUCGAAGUUUCAUUCAUGUUAUGUGUUAUAAGUAAAAGUGAAAUUAAUUAUUAGAUAUAUUAACAUAUAUUAUAUAUCAUAAAAGUUCUAUUAUAUGACAUGCAUGCAUAAAUUAAAUAUAAAAUGUAUAAGUAUCAGAAUGCUUGGAAAUCUUGCAUGCAUCAUGAUAGUGGAUCUGAAAGUGCACCUUUAAUCUCUUCAGGAUCUCAUAUUAGUGUUGAACCUAUUAUAUUUCAAGAUUCUGAGACUAGUGAUUUAGAAUAUAUUUCUACAAAUAAUUAUUUCAAAUAUGGUAGUCUUGAAACUUGUAAUUUACAUUCUAACAUUACCAUAAUACCAAAAAGACCGCUUACUGAAAAUCAUACUUUAGUUUCAUCUUUAACAUUAAAUACUUGUUCUUCAUUAAAUGUAAUCCAAGACAGAUGUUAUGAAAUCCAUAAUACUGAUUUGGAAAUUGUGGAAGAUACAUGUAAGGAUAUUAAAUCAAAACAAAGCUCUUUAGUUACAAUAUUUUCAAUAUGGAAUACAAUAUUAGGUUCUUCUUUAUUAACAAUACCAUGGGGUAUUCAAAUGGCUGGCUUUUUUCCUGGUAUUCUUCUAAUACUUAUAAUGAGUGGUUUAUGUUUAUAUACUGCUUAUUGUCUUUUACUUGUACAUAAUUAUUAUGGUAAACAAAAAAAUAUAGAAGUAAUUCAAUUGUGUCAAAUAUAUCUUAAUAAAUGGGCAGAAUAUGUUGCUAAAAUUUUUAGCAUUACAGUUUUGUUAGGUGCAACUAUAGCUUAUUGGGUUUUAAUGUCUAAUUUCUUAUAUAAUUCUGUGAAUUUCAUAUAUGAUAGUGUAGUUAGAGUAUCUCAAUUUCCUAUAAUUGACAAUACUUCUUUCACAUCAGAAGUAUUAUGUCCCAAAAAAAUAAUUUAUAAUAGUACAAAUUUUAUAAUACAUGAUUAUACAUAUAAUACUUUGGGACCACUUUGGGAUUUAUAUAAAACAGUUCCUAUUUUUCUUGGUUUAUUAAUAUUUCCAUUUUUAAACUUUAACAGUCCUACUUUCUUUGCAAAAUUUAAUUCUCUUGGAACCAUAUCAAUUAUAUAUUUAAUAGUGUUUAUUUUGAUAAAAUCUUACUCAUGGGGUAUCAAUAUGAAUGAAAUAGAAUGGAAAACUAGUUGGACAUUAAAAUUCUCAUUUCCUGCACUUUCUGGAAUGUUGGCAUUAUCAUUUUUCAUUCACAAUAUUAUAAUUACUAUAAUGCAGAAUAAUUAUGAUCAGAGUAAAAAUGUAAAUAAUAUCUUUUUUUUUUAUAAAUUUACUUAUAGAUUUUUAAAAAGUUUUUUUUCUAUAGGAAGGGAUCUUUCAAUAGCUUAUCUUCUUGUUACUCUAACUUAUAUUACAGUAGGUAUAGUAUUUUAUGUGUGUUUUCCACUGAAUAAAUCAUGUAUUGAAGAUAAUUUAUUAAAUAAUUUUCAAAAAUGGAAUGGCUUGACAGUGGCUGCUCGAAUUGUUCUUUUUUUUCAACUAUUAACUGUUUACCCAUUACUUGCAUAUAUGCUACGUAUUCAAUUACUUACAUCUAUAUGUAAAAUAUUUAAUACAGGUUGUAUUAUUGUGAUUAAUAUUAUUUUAGUAUCUGUAUGCAUUUUUUUUGCAAUAUUUGUACCCUACAUUGGUACAAUAAUACGAUAUACAGGUGCUUUAAGUGGUUUUAUUUAUAUUUUUACUUUACCAAGUUUAUUAUACUUGGUAAUUUUGAAAGAACAAAAAAAAUUAACAAUAUUUUCUUUAUUUUUACAUGUAAGUAUUCUAAUUUUUGGAUUUUUAAACUUGUUAGCUCAAUUUUUUAUUACGGAAUAUUAAAUAUAUUCGAUUUUAAAUUUGACAAAAUAUAGAUAAAUAUAAAAUUCUGUUUUUCUAAUAUUAUAAUAUAAUUAUAAGAAAACAAAUAAUUAUAUAAAUAAAAAUGUAUAUAACUAUAGUCAUAUUGUAUGAAUGUAAAAAUAAUUAAUAAGAAUAUAUAUAAAUACUAAAUAAAAA